AUAAUAAAGUUGUCCUUAAUUUUGAAACAAAAUUGUGUCAUCAAAAAGGUUUAGGAAAAAUUUUACCUGCAAUAGGAUAUACAAUUAGCUUCGAAGAAUCAACAAACAUUGUUAAGAAGGCGAUUCUUUGGAAUGCUGGUGUUUAUCCAUUGAUUUACGAAAGAGUAUGUGAAAAUGUGCAUGAUGCUGAGCAGCUUUGGAAUACGACGACGUCAAUUAAAACACAAAUUAUGCGCUUUUUCGAUUCUCCUGGUACCAAACAAGGGAUCAAGAUUUGUGCCGUAAAGUAUUUACAAUCGGUAGUUAAAGUUCAAUCGCGUCAUGUGCAUGAUUCUCAGCAAAAUGAUAUUUCCUUAGCAUUAUGUCCACCAUCACAUCCAAUAUUGAAUCCAUUAAUGCUUGAAAAAGAAUCAAUUUCUAUUAUAAAUGGAAUGUACAAUUUAUUGUAUAAAGAAUCAAGUAGUGUAAUAACUGCGAUCAUAAAUGCGUUAGGUCCAGUUUUUAGAUCCAGACCACAAUAUAUUUAUCCACUGAUUAAAAUAGUUAAGAAAUGGAAAAAUAAUCCUCCAGAUCAUUUACAUGAAAUUGCAUUUAAAAGCGUGAAAAAAGUUAUCAAGAUUCAAUUAACAUCUCUAUUAAGAAUCCCAGUAUUCGAGUCUUCAUCUUUUGCAAACGAAAUUUUCGAUACGAUACUUGUUUUGGGGGGUAAGAAUGAUCCGAUGAAAUUUCCAAGACAAUAUCGACGACUUUUACAACAGAAAGAAGGGAUGGAUGAUGGUAGAAGUUCUUUGCAAAAAGUUUAUGGAGGUUCUCAGCGUUCUGCACAAGGUGCACCAAUGUUGCCGAUUGAUCCUACACAAUUUGCACUGCCUUUCGUGGUUGAUGUAAUACAUUUAGCUCUGCAAGCCAUUCCACAGGAAAGACUGAACCAAGCAAAACAGGCUCUCCAACAACGUGAAGCGCGAUUAGCAGCACUUCGAACUUUGCCAACACAACUUCCGACAACUAAACAGGAACGACGAAAUCGUAAUAAAACCCUUGAUCCACGAUUAGAAUUUGUUAGAGAUGUAACUCCUAAAUCUCCUUCCCCUCCACCUGUCGAUAUGACAGAAGAUGAAAUAAUGCCUAUUAAAACCGAAUCUUCCAGUUCAAGUCAACAAGAAAACUCUACUAUAAAUCAUGAGCUUUCGCCUUCUAAUUUAUAUGAUGAUGAUAUGGAAAUAGAAGAUACUGUUCCA